GCCAACCACAAUGCUUGCCACAGUCAGCUUAACAGCGCAGGGCGUGUUGUUUCCCGAGGCAGGAUCAACCGGACUGCGGAUAUAAAUCUACGGCGUUGACUCACCCUUGCAAUACUCCGAAGGCUCUCUGUUCUAACUAUACAUACCUCUGAACACUUGCACUCACAACAUGUCGCCUCCAUCUGCGAUCGAGCCCCAGAAUGCCAGCGAGACGAAGCCGAGCAAUGCUGCUCCUCUUGAGCCGGGCCUGAACGAGAAGGAGUCGAAGAUGAAGGCUAUCAAGUUUCCUAGCCCGCCCAAGUUCGAUGAUCCGUACAAGGAGCGAGCCUAUCUCAAAGGGAGACUGGCUGCUGCGUUCCGUAUCUUUGGCAAGUACGGGUAUGACGAGGGUGUUGCCGGGCACAUCACUAUGCGUGAUCCGGUCGAUCCCACAACUUUCUGGGUGAAUCCCUUCGGUGUCGCAUUCAGCUUGAUCAAGGCUUCUGAUCUGAUUCUUGUGGACCACGAUGGCAAUGUCAUCGACGGCGGCCCUUGUCGUCUUCUCAAUUCGGCAGCCUACAUGAUCCAUUCAGCGAUUCAUGCAGCACGUCCAGAUGUCCUCGCAGCCGCACACAGCCACUCGAUCUAUGGUCGCGCCUUUUGCUCACUCGGCCGCAAGCUCGACACGAUCACGCAGGAUUCAUGUGCAUUCCAUAACGACCACGUCUUGUAUGAGAGCUUCAACGGUGUCGUGCUUGCGCAGGAGGAAGGGAAAAAUAUUGCUCGAGCGCUCGGCGACAAGAAGGCUGCGUUGUUGAUCAACCACGGCCUGUUGACAGUUGGCACGUCGAUUGAGGAGGCUGUCUUUUGGUUUGUGUCGCUCGACAAGUGCUGUCAGGCUCAAAUGCUGGCGGACGCAGCCGCGGGCGGACGAGGUGGAGAGACGGUCAAGAUCGGCGAGGAGGAGGCCGUCUUCACAUACAAGACAGUUGGGUCACCGCGCGCUGGAUGGUUCAGCGCAAAGCCGCUGUUCGAUGUCAUUCACAAGGAGACCGGAGGAGAUUACCUCGAGUAAAGGUGUGAAUGUUACAUGUGGCCUAAGCGCUUCUGCCGUGCAUUCCAUACUUGACCCUUGCCGAAGGCUGCACCCCAUUUGGUGCAACGACUGAUGGCGGGAGGAAUUUCUCCGGGUGAGUGACGCAGCCAAGAUCGUAGUCGCGCCACGGCCAUUCUGUUUGUUUGUUGGUGUUUCAGGCUAAACAGCACACAUUAUCGUGAGACCAAAUAUCCAGCCGAGUACACAUAGUCAGGCUGUCCUGUGCGGGAGCCGGUGAACGGCCCCAGGGUCCAGUAGAGGUGAAUAGGAUCACACGCUUGCGAACCAAGCUUUUGAGCUCUG